ACGUAAAAUCGUUACUACAUUCUUUUUUCUUGGUACUGAGGAAGGGGGCUGGUUUUUAUCUUGUUAUCGACCUUCGACCACCACCGAAACAACACCGGAGCUCAGAUUCUCAGAAGGUGUCUUCCACAUUCUCAAAUGGCGAUUACUGCAACUGCUACUUCUUCCAUCUUCAACUUCAACUGCUCCCUCUCCCCUCCACCAUCACUAAGCUGUCGUCCAAUUCUUUCUUCUCUUCCCCACCACCAUCUCCGCCUACCCCUCGCCAGAAAAUUCGUUUUUUCCACUACUCUACCCUGCGAAAAACCCUUCAUCUCAAAACCUUCGGUGUGCUCCUCGUCCCCUGGAAAAUCUCAGCCGAUGGUUCCUCCUUACAAUAUCUUAAUCACGGGUUCCACUAAAGGAAUAGGUUAUGCCUUAGCUAAAGAGUUUCUGAAAGCAGGUGAUAAUGUCUUAAUAUGCUCAAGGUCUGCUGAAAGGGUAGAAUCUGCUCUUCAAACCUUAAGGACAGAAUGUGGGGUCCAGCACGUGUGGGGUACAAAAUGUGAUGUUCGUGAUGGAAAUGAUGUGAAAAAUCUAGUAAAAUAUGCACAAGAAAACCUCCAAUACAUAGAUAUAUGGAUUAAUAAUGCGGGAUCAAAUGCAUAUAGCUAUAAACCUCUAGCAGAGGCUUCAGAUGAGGAUCUUAUUGAAGUUGUCACGACAAACACACUUGGUUUAAUGAUUUGUUGCCGGGAGGCAAUGAAAAUGAUGCUUAAUCAAGCAAGAGGAGGACAUAUAUUCAAUAUUGAUGGAGCAGGUUCUGAUGGAAGACCAACACCUAGAUUUGCUGCAUAUGGAGCAACUAAACGUAGUGUCGUACAUUUGACAAAAUCAUUACAGGCGGAAUUACGUAUGCAAGAAGUAAGCAAUGUUGUUGUCCAUAACUUAUCGCCAGGAAUGGUUACAACGGAUCUUCUAAUGUCAGGUGCCAACACAAAGCAGGCGAAGUUUUUUAUAAAUGUUUUAGCAGAACCAGCAGAUGAGGUUGCCAAGUAUCUUGUCCCGAAUAUUAGAUCAAUACCAAUGAGUGGAUCAACAAGGCCAACUUACAUUCGUUUUCUUACCGGAUUAAAAGCUUACUCCCAAAUUUUUACUAGAUUGGCUUUUGGAGCUAGAAGAAAUAGAUACUUGGUUGAAGAUUGAUGUCUUUGCAAUUUUAUACCACUGAAAAAGUUACAAAAAUUGUUUAUUAAACUUGUUUUAGAAUGUAGUAUAUAUCUAAAGUAUUAAAAACGGUGUUGUAUAUUGUAACCGAAAUUUUUGGUUUAAAAAAAAAAAAGAAAAUUGUAAACCA